AAUUCUCUCACUCAGACUAGACCAUUGCAUUGAACUAUGAGAAGAAAGAGGCCACGAUGAAAAAAUCCAAUACCCCAAAUCCAGUAUCAAAAGAGGGAUAAUGUCAAUACCAAACGGGACUGGAGAAACGGGCGCAAAGGACUACACCUAUGUACGGGUUUGUGCGUCGACCGUCUCCUUCAUAAUAUUGGCGUUCUUCAACAUCGUCAUUAACUGGACUAUAGUGCGCGAGGAGCGACUUCGGGGCCAUGCGCGCUUUGUGUUAGUUUUUCACCUGUUGAUGUCAGCUCUGGUGUACUUUGGGAUGUGCUCUGUUUUCUACCUCCAGAUUUACCUCCGCGCCAGGCUGGUGGCAUCCAUCUGUGUGGCCAUGGUAACUGUCCUAAUCACCAGCGCGUCCAAUAUACUCCUGACUCUCACUGCUAUGGCGCUGGACCGUUAUUUUGCUGUCUGUCACCCUAUGAAGUACAGUUCUGUCUGGCAUUGGCCCUGGUUAGUUGGACUACUGACGUGGGGGCUCGCGCUGGUUAUUCCCCUCACUCUGCUCCCCAAGACGGAGCUGGACGCAACUGGUCCAAAUGGGGAAUGUGGACGGGAACAGCUGAAGAAAGGUGAACUGAAAAAAAUCUUGCUGAUAUCUGUGUGUACGAUAUUGAUUCUGUACAGUUAUGUAAGGAUACUGUUUGAGGGGCGAAGGUUGGGGGUGAUAAAUCGACGCAAUAGUGUCGGAUGCAAGACCAUCGCCCUGCACUUUACUCAACUCGCCGUGUACAUCCUCCCCAACUUUGUGCUAAUAGUUAUCCAGAAACAAGGACACCUUCAGUCGGGGACCAAAGAACUGUCAGCGGUGGUGAGCUUUGCUUUCUUUAGUUUGGCGCAGUGCAUAGCACCAAUCGUCUACGGUUUGCGUAAAGAGGAACUCUUGGAGCAGGUGCAUCGCCGGUUCCCUUGUUGUUCCCGCCACCUGAAAAGCGUUCUCGAGUGGACUGUGCGUGCCACGACUCCUCGUCUGCAUCCACAGCCACGGGAAAGAACAUUGACAUCCCAGACACUCAUCUCACUGGAGCUUCCACAGACACCAGUAUAAGGGAAGAGGGAGCCCUCACUACUAACUCAACUACCCCUGUAACAGACCCAUCAGUAUGUCUCCAGUGCUUCAUAGGCUGGGCUAAAUACGUUUUGUACCAGACUGAUACUGCCACCCAAAUGCCAUGGAGACGCUGGUGGAAUGGAGGGUGUAGCAACUAGACAUCACAACACAUUUGGGAGCAUAUUGUAUAUCCAUACAGUGUGGAUUCACCCUCUUUUGCUGAUUCAUUCAUACAGUACUUGAAUAUCCAGCAUCUGCACAAAGCUGUGAAAGUGCUUCUGUUCUACCCAGGAUGUAGUGACUUUAUAGGAAUGGGUAUCACUAUGAACAUACCGGCCCCAGACCUGUAUUAUGUUAACUGUACAGUGUCAGAGAAGAGUCCAACAAGGUUUUGACUAAUUGGACUGAAAAUAUACCGUACAAAACAGUGGCACAGCCAGAGAUUUGUUGAUGGGUGGGCCAAAAAUAUACACUACCGUUCAAAAGUUUGGGGUCACUUAGAAAUGUCCUUGCUUUUGAAAGAAAAGCACAUUUUUUUGUCCAUUAAAAUAACCCGCAAAACACCAGUCUCAACGUCAACAGCGAAGUGGUGACUCCAGGAUGCUGGCCUAGGCAGAGUUGCAAAGAAAAAGCCAUAUCUCAGACUGGCCAAUAAGAAGAAAAGAUUAAGAUGGGCAAAAGAACACAGACACUGAACACUGAGCAUCCCGGAGUCGCCUCUUCACUGUUGACGUUGAGACUGGUGUUUUGCGAUUACUAUUUAAUGAAGCUGCCAGUUGAGGAUUUGUCUGUUUCUCAAACUAGACACUCUAAUGUGCUUGUCCUCUUGCGCAGUUGUGCACCGGGGCCUCCCACUCCUCUUUCUAUUCUUGUUAGAGACAGUUUGCACUGUUCUGUGAAGGAAGUAGUACACAGUGUUGUGUAGCUAGCUAACACAACAUAGUUAGCUAACACAACGUGCCAUUGGAACACAGGAGUGAUGGUUGCUGAUAAUGGGCCUCUGUACUCCUAUGUAGAUAUUCCAUAACAAAUCAGCCAUUUCCAGCUACAAUAGUCAUUUACAACAUUAACAAUGUCUACACUUUAUUUCUGAUGAAUUUGAUGUUAUUUUAAUGGACAAAAACUGUGCUUUUCUUUCAAAUACAAGGACAUUUCUAAGUGACCCCAAACUUUUGAACAGUAGUGUAUAUAUUUUUCCUACAAUAGAGGAAAAUGUAUAGUUUUAUAGCUCAUUUCAUUCUAUUCUACACAUUUUGCCAUGAGGCUUAGAGAAAUUUUUAAAGCUAAUUGAAGCAACAAGCUAAUUGAAGCAACAACGAAAAAAAUAGGUGUGUUGAUUGUGAUAAAGGCACUGGAUUAUGAGCUGUCUGGUGUGCUGAAUGAACAAAUGAAAUAAACCGUGACAUGGUGUAUAUAUAGCCAUAGAAGCACAGUGACAUUAUGCCUUAAUGCAGUCAUAUUCGUGGCUUAUUGGGGGUGUGGCUUUCAGUUAGUUAUUUUUGGCAACCCACCCCGUGAGUGAAUGUCAUUCCAGUGAAUCUGUUUUUAUAUUUCAUCAAAUCUGACUAAACCAGUGUUUGCUAUGAAUUUUAUCUUAUGGUGUUUGCAAGUUUAGGUAAAAAGACAAAUAAUGUCCCGUUUGGAAACCAGACAAGUAAAGAGCAUUUUUGCUCAAUCUCAUUGGGUGGGUGUGGCUCCCCUGCGCCUACUCCGCUUGUACAAAUCCCCCAGAAGACACCAGAAUUGACUGCAUGAGCAUUGUGCAAUUUAGCCUACUAUGCAAAAGUUGAUUCCUUUCAAGAUAAUUGAAGCAGCAAUUACGUUUUUUUGUGAGAUAAAGUCAAGACAAUACGUACUACUUGAAAUGAAAAGACAGAAGCCAGAUUGAACAUUAUUGCCCACCCGCACCAUAUGGACCCGUGACAGAUUUUCAGUAAUACAAGAGUUAAUACUGUGAACAGCAUGUGAUCUGGAGCAGUAGCAGCUCUGUGGUUGAGCUCACGUCACCUCAGUUUGUCAGACUUUUACACUCAGACAAGGGGAAAUUCUCACCAACCCGCAAGAGUUCCUCAUUACUGGCGCAGCAGAUAGCCUACAUGCAAAAACACAACCAAACUAUGAUUCGUAGUGCACAUUCACAGAGGAUGAAGCAGGGGACAAUGUUUGACAUCGACACAUUAUCAGUCUUCACACACCACAACUCAUUCCUGUAAUUGCCUGGUUAGGUUCGGUAAACGAGGAUGUUGAUGAGGUGAAACUAAGAUUAAGGUUCAGAUGAGUGGACUGGAGGGGUUUACCUGCUCAGACCCACAUUGCACAAGGUUUUAAUCCUGGACUAUAAAGUGUUUUUAAUGAA